GCGGCCGCGCGGAGGGAGGGCCGAGAGGAGCCGGAUCGUAGCCGCGGCGCCGGCCGCGCGCAGACCUCCCCUUCCCACAGGCGGCGGCGGCGGCGGUGGCGGGGAUGACGGGCCCGUGAGGCGGCUUCAUGGCGGCGGCGGCUGAGGGGCGCGCCCGGCCCCGGCCGGGACCUGAGACCAUUAUGUUAUCAUCUGGGUACCUCUUGAUCGUUGGAGGCUUGAGAACAUAGCUGGAGCUGCUACUUCAUACCCUGAGGCUGAAGGAGCAGACAAGAGGCUCGAACCUUGAGGUGGGUCGUUAACUCUAAGAUGUCCUUGAGCAGUGGAGCGGCCGGAGGGAAAGGAGUGGAUGCAAACCCAGUUGAGACAUACGACAGUGGGGAUGAAUGGGACAUCGGAGUAGGGAAUCUCAUCAUUGACCUGGACGCGGAUUUGGAAAAGGACCAACAGAAAUUGGAAAUGUCAGGCUCCAAGGAGGUGGGUCUGCCGGCACCAAAUGCUGUGGCAACGCUGCCAGAGAACAUCAAGUUUGUGACCCCAGUGCCAGGUCCACAGAACAAAGAAGGCAAAUCCAAGUCCAAGCGGAGUAAGAAUAGCAAGGACAAUGGCAAGGCUGCCCCAGGAUCCUCCCUCUUCACGCCAAGCGAAGGGACUAGUGGCAAGAAGGAGGUUCAAGGGCGCUGUGGGGAUGGUGUGAACUCUGGUGGUUUGGUGGCCACCGUUGCCCCCAAAGUCUCUGAGAAACCAGCCAAGGCUUCUCGCAGUGUGGCAAACUCAAAGAAAGAGAAGGAAGGUGGUUCUUCCAAGAGUAAGAAAGAACGGAGUGAGGGUGUGGGUGCUCCAACAGAGAAGGAGGCCACUGUACUCCAACCCCUUGCCUUAGUCAGGGUUGGGCAAUACGAUGGUGGCCAAGGACCUGAUCCUGCUGCUGCUGCUGCUGCUGAGCAGCUUGGAACUAUAGCUAUUGACACGGGAUCUGCGCUCAACCCUCUGGGAGUUAAGUCGGAGCUGGAAGAUGGUGACAGUGAGUGCCGACAGCUCAAAAAAGUCAAGUCAGAGAAGAUGGAGUCUCCCGUGUCCACCCCUGCAGUGCUACCACUGCAUCUUCUUGUCCCUGUUGUUAACAGUGAUAUCUCAUCACCAUGUGAACAGAUAAUGGUACGCACUCGCUCUGUAGGGGUGAACACCUGUGAUGUGGCACUAGCUACUGAACCAGAGUGCCUGGGCCCCUGUGAACCUGGCACCAGCGUUAAUCUGGAAGGCAUCGUAUGGCAGGAGACAGAAGACGGCAUGCUGGUGGUGAAUGUUACCUGGAGGAAUAAGACUUACGUGGGGACGCUACUGGAUUGCACACAACAUGAUUGGGCACCACCCAGGUUUUGCGACUCUCCCACCAGUGACUUGGAGAUGCGGAAUGGUCGAGGGAGAGGCAAGCGGGUGCGUCCCAACAGCAACCCUCCGAUGACCGAAAGCACAGCAGCCUCAGAGACCAAAGGGACCAGCAACAGUAGCAAGACUCGGGCAGGGACCAACAGCAAGGGGCGCCGAGGCAGCCAGAACUCCUCAGAGCACCGCCUCCCACCCAGUGGCACUUCUGAGGAGGUCAAGGCCAGCCCUUCAUCAGUGACCAAGCGAAAGAGCAAGCCCCUCUCUGACAUGGAAGUGAAUUCCAGUUCUGAGGACUCAAAGGGAAGCAAACGUGUUCGCACAAACUCCAUGGGCUCAACGGCUACACCUUUAGUUGCGGCUGCAGCAGCUGCCGCAGCAGUAGCCACCACAGCCAUCAAAGUAGAGCCUGCCAUUUUGGAUAGGAACUGCCCCUCUCCUAUACUCAUUGACUGCCCCCAUCCCAACUGCAGCAAAAAAUACAAGCACAUUAACGGGCUCAAGUAUCACCAGGCCCAUGCACACACUGAUGAUGACAGCAAGCCUGAGGCUGAUGGGGAUAGUGAGUAUGGAGAGGAACCAUCUCUCCCAGCCGAUUUGAGCAGCUGCAAUGGUGCUUCCGGUGGCCAGAAGGGCUCUCUCUCACCAGCCCGCUCAAUUACUCCUAAAGUGCGGCUGAUAGAGCCACACAGUCCCUCACCAUCAAACAAAUUCAACCUCAAGUCUGCUUGCAAGAAGAAAUUAGGUGGUGAAGGAGAUCCUGAUUCUGGUGCUCUUUCCAAUGAUGGUUCUGAGGAUGGUCCCUUGGUACCUGAUGAGACAAGCAAUGAUGGCUUUGACUCAAUGGAGAAGAGGACCAGUGACAAAGAAAAGACUAAGAAGCUAGUUAGCAUCAAGCCCGAGAAGAUCACUUCGAAGAGCAUCAAGACUGCCCGACCCAUAGCACCAGCCAUUCCACCUCAGAUCUAUACUUUCCAGGCAGCCACAUUCACCGCUACCAGCCCUGGCUCCUCCACGGGUCUCACGACAACCGUCGUUCAGGCCAUGCCUAACAGUCCCCAGUUGAAGCCUAUUCAACCUAAGCCCACUGUCAUGGGUGAGCCGUUUACAGUCAGCCCAACACUUACCCCCGUCAAGGACAAGAAAAAGAAGGACAAGAAGAAAAAAGAGUCCAAGGAAGCGGAGAGCCCCCUGACUCCUGGGAAAGGGUGUCGGGCUGAGGAAGGCAAGAGCCCCUUCCGGGGUGAGCCCAGUGACCUUGGGGCGAAGGGAGAAAGCCUUCUGAAUGGUUCCUCCGACACCCACCAGAGUCGCCUGGCCAGCAUCAAGGCUGAGGCAGAUAAAAUCUACAGUUUCACUGACAAUGCCCCAAGCCCUUCCAUCGGGGGGGGCAGCCGACUAGAGAGCACGGCGCCCACACAGCCCAUGACUCCACUCCACGUGGUCACCCAAAAUGGGGCUGAAGCUAGCUCUGUGAAAACGAAUAGCCCAGCCUAUUCGGACAUCUCAGACGCAGGGGAGGAUGGCGAAGGCAAGCUGGACAGCAUGAAGGUCAAGGACCCCGAUCAGAUUGUCAAGGAAGGGGCCAAAAAAGCCCUCUUUCCCUCUCAGCCUCAAAACAAGGAAUCGCCUUAUUACCAGAGUUUUGAGGCAUACUAUUCACCCGGCUAUGCACAAUCAAGUCCCAGCCCCAUUAAUCCCAGCAGCCAAACUUCCCUAGAGAGUCAGGCCCUGAAGCUGAAGAAGGAUGAAGAGCCACCGAGCCCAGAGGUGAAGGUGAAGAACGAGGCUUGUGAGGAGAAGAAGGCAGAGCUGGGCCCCUCGAGCCAGCAGCCGUCGGUCAUACAGCAGCGGUCCAACAUGUAUAUGCAGUCACUCUACUACAACCAGUAUGCCUAUGUGCCUCCCUACGGCUACAGCGAGCAGGGCUAUCAUGCCCACUUGCUCAGCACUAACCCAACGUAUCGGCAGCAGUAUGAAGACCAGCAGAAGCAGCGUCAGAGCCUGGAGCAGCAGCAGCAGCGUGGGCUGGACAAAAAAGUGGACCUGGGGCUGAAGGAGAGAGAGGUGGUACUCAAGGAGGAGUGGAAGCAGAAGACUUCUCUCCCACCCACUCUGACCAAAGCACCCAGCUUAACUGACCUGGUCAAACCUGGACUAAGUAAGGUCAAGGAUCAAGGCAGCGAUGUGGCCAAGUCGGUCAUUAUUCCCAAAUUGGAGGACUCCUCAAAACUCCAAGGCCAGACUAUGGAAGGCCUCAAGGGAAAAUUAAGCGAAAGCCAUCUUGGCAAAGAGACUGCAGAAUCAAAGGCAGGUUUGGACUGUGGACGGCAGGCUGAGGUGGAUCCAGUACUCUGGUACAGACAGGAAGCCGAGCCCCGCAUGUGGACGUAUGUUUACCCUGCUAAGUACCCUGACAUCAAAACAGAGGAUGAGCGGUGGAAGGAAGAGAGGGAUCGAAAGUUAAAGGAGGAGAGGAGCCGCAGCAAAGAAUCCAUUGUGAAGGACGAUGGGAAAGAGAGCAGCAACUCUGAUUGCAAAAUGCCCUCCAGUGAGGACUCGCGCUUAGUGGGCAAAGAAGCCAGAUCUGGCACCCAUGUGCCCGUGUCCUCCCCGCUCAGCCAGCAUCAGACCUACAUCCCAUACAUGCACGGCUACUCCUACAGUCAGUCGUAUGACCCCAACCAUCCCAGUUAUCGUGGCAUGCCAACCGUCAUGAUGCAGAACUACCCAGGCUCUUACCUUCCCUCCAGCUACUCGUUCUCCCCGUACGGCAGCAAAUCUUCUGGAAGUGAAGAGAGUGAGAAAUCCCGAGCUAGUCCUAUUAUUGGCUGUAAAUCCAGCUCUGAAUCCAAGGCCCUGGACAUCUUGCAGCAGCACGCCAGCCACUACAAGAGCAAAUCCCCAACGAUAAGCGAGAAGGCCUCUCAGGAGCGCAGCGGCUGCGGGGUGGGAGGGAGCAACGCAGGCUGCAGCGGCGUAGGGGGAGCCAGCGGGGCUGAGAGAAGCAUUGACCGGCCCCGCUCCUCUCCUUCGCAGCGUCUGAUGUCCACGCAUCACCAUCACCACCACUUGGGCUACUCAUUGCUCCCAGCCCAGUAUAACCUGCCCUAUGCAACAGGUCUUUCGUCUGCAGCCAUUGUUGCCAGUCAGCAAGGUUCUGCUCCUUCCCUGUAUCCCCCGCCCCGAAGGUGAAAACGGACGUGACUGAUAAGGUAACCUGGGCUGUACCAAGACAUGUGACUGGCUCACAUGAGGAAGCGCUGGAAACUGCAUCAGACGUCAGUUGAAUGGUGUUGAUUGUUCUGCUCGGCGGUCCGGCCACAGCGUGAUGCAGACUCUGCCCUCCCCCGUCGAACACACGCUGAGCCCCGCACGAGUGAGUCACGGAGCUGGGACUCGCCGGAGUAUUUAUUCAUCUGACUUGGGGUGGCUGGCUGUUUCCCAGAACUCUUCUGGGAAAGAGGACGGUGAUGGUGGGCCAAGCCGUGUGACAUCACAGGACCUUUGGAAGAACGAUGGGGGGGAGGAGGAGCAGCCUGUUAGUUCUGAGUUCCAUUCACAGUUCCCUGGUUCCCGGGUGGCAGCCAAGACAGCUACUCCAGAGUUGGGUGAAGAGAACAUCCAGAUUGUGGGUUUGGGUUCCCCCCCCCCACUGGUGAGAAGUAGCCACCUGGCACAAGCAGGUAGGUGGACUCUUGCAAAGAGCACUGGAAAGACGAGGCUCCCCUCCCUCAUGCUGGCCUGGGAAACUGUGGGGGAAGCAGGGAGGCCACCAGGCCUGCUGCCGGCUGGAGUCAGCUGUGAGCCUCCCUGCUGGGAAUGGUUCCUGGAUGCCUCUGUAGCACUUUGCCUCCAGGCCUGCCGCUCCCCUGAACGGCCCCCCCGCCAGCCUUUUUUCUAACCCCUCCCCCUGCUGGCAGGACUUGCGUGUCGCAGUGGCAGAAGCCACUUGGUUCCGCAGCGCCAACAGCCUCGCGCUGCCUACCACGCAGCCUGCAGGCAGGCUGGCCCUGCUUCCGUCGGGCCCCGCUGCGGCCCAGCAGCCAGGUUGCGCCUCUGUGCUUGAAGGGUGCCUGUCACUCCCGUCUUCCCCAGCCCUUCACACAAAGGAAGGAGGCCUCGUUUCCACAGCAAGGUUGCAUGGGCGGAGUAGCUUGAUUUUCAGGCCUUCCCCACGCCUGCAAAACCAUCCCUGCUCUGCGAGGAAUGAAGCGUGGGCCCCGUGGUUUUGAGUUGAGGGAAGCUUGACCUUGCUGAGGCAACGGGGGCGCCUCCAGCAACAGGCUGCCCACCUGUAAAACCCUGCUGCAGUUGCAGCUUCUGUGGGGGUUAGCGGUCAAGCAGCAGUCCCCUCCUGCAAAACACCCCAUGGGCUGGCAACAUGGCUAGUUCCUGUGCAGCGCAGAGGCCGUUUCUGUGUUACUGUGGCACCACUGCCCAGCUUUCUCGUUCCCCGUGGCCCCUUGCCAGUGUUCCCCACAGACCCUUCUGACUGGAACUCUGCCUACAUUCCUUGCAGACCUGUCAGUUGGAAUGGCAAGGGGCAAGGUCAUGCCCUGCCUAGCUGACUUGUAAGGAAUGAGUGCUGUAUGUCUGUCCCAGCAGCGCAAGCUCCCAGCUCUUGUCUUUCUGUUCCUGUCUGUAUGUUGUGUGAGGCCACCCUCUGCCUCUUGGACUUUGUACAUACUGUAAAAAGGAAUUGUUUGAAA